AAACAUACCAAAAGCAGAGAUGCCAUACAAUUCGAAAACCCCUCAUAAGUCCUCUCUCUCUCUCUCUCUCUCUCUCUGACCCUCUGUCACUUCCUUUCUUGGCAAUACCUCACUGUUUCAAUAUGCACGCUAAGACAGACUCUGAGGGAACCAGUGUUGACACCUCAUGGCCGCCGAGAUCACCACCGCGCAGACCGGUAUACUACGUCCAGAGCCCCUCAAACCACGACGUGGAGAAGAUGUCAUAUGGGUCUAGCCCAAUUGGUUCGCCAGCUCACCAUUACUACCAUUGUUCUCCUAUUCACCACUCUCGCGAGUCAUCCACGUCUCGCUUUUCUGCUUCUCUUAAGAACCCCAAAAGCCUCUCUGCUUGGAAGCACGUGCAGAUUAAUCAGGAUGAUGAUGAUGACGAUGAUGAAAUGGACGGGGAUGAUGGUGGCUCUGCUCGGAAUGUGAGAUUGUACCUGUGUGGGUUUUUGUUCUUCGUUUUGCUGUUCACCAUUUUCUGCUUGAUUUUGUGGGGUGCUAGUAAGGCCUACAAGCCUGAGAUCUUAGUUAAGAACAUUGUUUUCGAGAACUUUAAUGUACAAGCCGGAAGUGAUCAGACAGGAGUUCCAACAGACAUGCUUUCGUUAAAUUCUACGGUCAGGAUUCACUACAGAAAUCCCGCUACUUUUUUCGCCGUACACGUCACUUCUACUCCUCUGGAGCUUCACUAUUACCAGCUGAAGCUUGCCUCUGGACAGAUGAAGAAAUUUAGAGAGUCGAGGAAGAGCCAGAGGAGAGUAAUAACAGUGGUGCAAGCAUCUCAAAUUCCAUUGUAUGGAGGAGUGCCAGUGCUGGCGAUUGCGAAAGAUCACAUAGAAAAAGUAGCAGUGCCUCUGAACCUGACAUUUGUUGUGAGGUCAAGAGCUUACAUUUUGGGAAGAUUGGUGAAGUCCAAAUUCUAUAAGCGAAUAAGAUGCCCGCUUACUCUUCAUGGGAAUAAGCUUGGCAAGCCUAUCAAUUUGACUGAUUCAUGUGUUUAUUAUUGAAGAUGUCAUAUUUAUCGAGACUGGAUUUAUAUAGAUCCGUAGUAUAAAUAUAUAAAAUUUUAUUUGAAUUCA